AUGCUGAUACAGAAAGGAGCUGAUGUCAAUCUGGAAGAUGGUAGAGGUUCCACACCUCUUCAUACUGCUGUGGGUUGGGACAAUUUAGCCUGUGUUACAGCUCUUCUUGAAGGUGGAGCCCUUGUGAACAAACGUGUACCAGGUUCGCAGCCUGUGUUAUUUGCUGCAAACAGGCUUGACAUGGUUCAGAAGCUGGUAGCUGCUAAAUGUGACAUUAAUGCAACGGAUGAAGAUGGAAGAUCAGCCUUACACACAGUGGCCGGAUUUAACAACUUUGAUGUUCUUAAAUUUUUAUGCAACAAAGGAUGCAAUGUUGAUCAGAAGGAUGAGUACGGCCUCACAGCGUAUCACGUGGCAGCAGAGUAUGGGGAUCUGGAUAUACUGAAAUAUCUGCAUAAAAUGCAUGCUAAGCCGACAGUUGAUGUUGACGGAUUGUCAGUGCUUCACUACGCUUGCUGUUCCGUCAAUGAAACAAUGGAAAAGGUGCAGUUCCUGGUGGACACUGUGAAGGUGCCACUUGAUACAAGAGAUGAGGAUGGAAGAACAGCGCUGUAUCCAGCAGUGCAGACAGCAGGGUUGGAAGUGGUGGAGUUCCUGGUAGAAAGGGGGCUGAGUAUAAGGGACAGGGACAAGGAUGGCAACACCUAUCUACAUGCGGUAUUUCUAAGGUAUGAAAAGUCCACCCAUGAUGAACUGGUGACGUUCCUGUUCAAGGCCAACUUGGAUCCAGACUUGUACAACACACGUGAUGGAAGAACACCACUGCAUCUCGCAUUAGAUUCAGGACUGUGGUAUUUCUUUGAAGACCAUUUGGUGACUUUGAUUGACAGAACUUCCAAUAUCAAUCACAAAGAUUCCGAAGGAAGGACGCCUCUUCAUAUGGCAGCAUACCGUGACGCCAGUUGGGUUGUGAAGCGACUCCUUGACAAAGGAGCUGUCAAAGAGAUAAAGGAUUCAGAAGGAUGUAAAGCUAUUGAUUUGGUGCCUGAAGAUGGAAGUGGCGAGACGAUGAAGGCUCUUUUGUCCACAUCUGAGUUACCUGCUCGUGAAAUUGUAUAUCUCAGGCAGGGUCUGUCAACGGAAGACUAG